AGUAUCAUCAAUCAAACCUUAGUUUUUUAUUUUUUAUGAUCAAACCCACAAUCUCUUAAUUGUAAACAAAAAAAACAUACUCAAAUUUCAAGUCAAACCCGUUGAGCCAUCAUCUUUAUCUUUCAUUACUAUAUUGUCCAAGGAGGCAAAACAAUUAUGGCGGAUUUAGAAAAUUUGCUUUUGGAGGCUGCAGGAAGAACUGGUACAGCUGGGAGAAAUAGGCAUUCUCUCCCACCUUCAAGGAGAAGACGUGAUGGUUCUUAUUCAGAUGGUGGGAGUGAUUCUAGGGAUGAUGAUUCGGAUGAUGAGCUUAAUUAUGCAAGCAGAAAGCCAUCUGGACCACAAGUUCCUCUGAAGAAGAGAUUAGAUCCCUCAGAAAGAGAUGAUGAUUUGGGUAGUCAAGAAGAAGCUGAUGAUGAUGCUGGUGGUAGUGAUCAUGAGGGUGAUAGCAGUGAUGAAUCGAAUAUUGGUGAUGAUCUCUAUAAGGAUGAUGAUGACAGGAGGAAGCUUUCUGAGAUGACUGAACUUCAAAGAGAGAUGAUCUUGUCUGAUAGAGCUAUGAAAAAGGAUGAUAAAAAUUUAUUGGGGAAGAUAGCAUCAAAGCGUGAGAAAGGAAAGGCAACAGUGCCUGGAAAACAGUCUCCACCGUUGUCAUCAUCUCGUGUGCGUUCAUCAGCCAGAUCUGCAGACAGGGCAGCCAAGAAUGAUGCAUUGAAUGAAUUGCGCGCUAAGCGAUUGAAACAGCAAGAUUCAGGCAAACUGAGAGAGACAUCUAGAAGUUCAGGUCCCAGACAUUAUUCCCCACCAAAGCGCAAAGCUUUCACUUCAGCAAGUCUCAGUAGUUCAAGCCACAGUGAGAGUGACAGUAGGUCUCACAGUGAUGAUGAAGGGUCAACUGGGGAUGGAGGAAUUGGUGACAGUGAUGAUGAUAGGGCGUUGUCUGGGUCUGAGGGACCAUCAUUUCAGGAUAUUAAGGAAAUAACUAUCCGCAGGUCAAAACUUGGCAAAUGGUUUAUGGAGCCUUUCUUUGAGGAGUUAAUAGUUGGUUGCUUUGUGAGAGUUGGGAUUGGUAGAUCAAAAUCUGGACCUAUCUACCGGCUCUGCAUGGUGAAAAAUGUUGAUGCCUCAGAACCUGAUCGACAGUAUAAAUUAGAGAAUAAAACAACAUAUAAGUAUUUGAAUGUUGUUUGGGGAAAUGAAAGUUCUGCUGCUAGGUGGCAAAUGGCUAUGGUUAGUGAUUCUGCUCCUCUUGAAGAGGAGUUCAAACAGUGGAUUAAGGAGGUAGAUCGAAGUGGUGGCCGGAUGCCAAGCAAACAAGAUGUGUUAGAAAAGAAACAAGCCAUACAAAAGAUCAUCACAUUUGUCUACUCAGCAGCUACUGUGAAGCAGAUGUUACAAGAGAAAAAGUCUGCCUCAUCAAGGCCACUAAAUAUUGCUGCUGAGAAGGAUAGGCUGAGGAGGGAAUUGGAUAUAGCACAAAGUAAGAAUGAUGAGGCAGAAGUAGAGAGGAUCAGGACAAGGCUGCAAGAAUUAGAUGCAUCCAGGAAAACACACGAGAAGGAUGCCAAGGCUUUGAAGUUGGCUGAGAUGAACAGAAAAAACAGGUUUGAGAACUUCAAGAAUGCUUCUGAAUUGAAGCCAGUGAAUACAGGUUUGAAAGCAGGUGAGGCAGGUUAUGAUCCAUUUUCAAGGAGAUGGACUAGAUCAAGGAAUUACUAUGUUUCAAAACCUGGUGAAAAGGUUGCAGCUGGAAAUAGUAGUGCCAAUGGCAUAGUGGCUGAUGCUGGCAACAAUGGAACAGGAGCACAUGCUGGAAUGGUGGCUACUGCUGCCGCCUUGGUAGCUGCUGCCGGUGCCGGGAAGUUAGUGGAUACAAGUGCUCCAGUGGAUCAAGGGACAGAGUCAAAUAUGCUGCACAAUUUUGAGCUGCCAAUUUCAUUAGCAUUACUUCAAAAGUUUGGUGGAGCUCAAGGAGCUCAGGCAGGAUUUAUGGCAAGAAAACAAAGAAUAGAAGCAACAGUUGGACUUAGAGUCUUGGAAAAUGAUGGCAGGAGGCAUGCGCUGACACUGACAGUUAGUGAUUACAAAAGAAGAAGAGGGCUUCUUUGAAAUUUUUUUGCUGCCCUUGAUGUAUGCCAGCUGAGGUAAGUUUACGGUUCUGCAAGCCAAAGAUGGUUUGUGUUGUAUUGACUGUAAUAUUGUUGUGUCCUUAUUGUGUCUUGAUCUUUUCAUAAGUGGUCAUGUAUCCAUAUCUUUUUUAUUCCUCAAAUGUUAAACAAUAAA